GUGAACCCACCCGAUUGAACCCGUUGAGUUCGAGGACCUCCAAGCACCAAGAUUUGAGAUGACCUGCACCUUGGGGUGGAAAUCAGCCAAAAGGAUUUCCUUCCGAGGUCCCGGAAGUUGAUUGAAAAUUGGAUAUUUGACGCCAGCGUCUCGGUGGUGAAAUGCGCCUCUCGCUCGUGACCGGCCGUUGACUUGUAGCUCCACCCCCCCCCCCCCCCCCCUGCGUAAAUCCCCGCCAGGCUUGGAUUUGCGCAUUUACUGUGUUGUCCUCCUUUGUCGCCGCCAUGUCAUUGACCUCUGCUGUAAAAAUAAAAAAGCUUGCCGCCAAGGCCGUCGCUGUUUGACCGCUGAGUCACAGCCUCACACACACACACACACACACACACACACACACACACACACACACACACACACACACACACACACACACACACGCACACACACACAAAUGGCACCUGUGUAAACAGUAACCACACGCACGCACAAGCUUCGAACUUUGUUACUGGUUGAGUGCAACUAAAAAAAAAAAAAGUAGUCAAACUUUCACUUGUCUUGGACUCGACACAGGAGGAACAACAUCACAGCAUGGUUGGUGGCUGCUCGCUUGUCUUCAUCCUCCUCCUCUCAGGGGUGAGUCGAGCGUCGCCGCACGACGAGCGCUCGCCGGAGGACAAGAAGGUGACCGUGACGGAUGAACAGAGAGAAUACCUGCGAUGGCUUUAUCGCAUCGAAGAUCCGACCGUGUGGAAGUUUGUGCUGUUGGGUUUGGCCUUUGUCUGCCUUCUGGUCGGCUUUCUCUUGCUGGGAAUGGGCGCCAUGGCUAGCAGGAACAGGAGGAAGAUCGCCAAGUACAAGGCGGCCGCCGUCGCCGCCCACAGAGACCAAGACGAGACGUGGCCCGGAGGCCGGGACGGCGCCCUCGCCUGCGGCACGCCGUCGCCCCGGAGCCCGACGCGGCGGGGGCCUGCGCCCUGCAACGGCGACACCGGCGACGUGAAAGCGGCGAGCAUCGUGGUGACGUGGAAGGACGGAAACACUUCCUGCCUGUACCCUGAGAGCGAGGCCGAGGUCGGGCCGCCCCUGCCGGACGACGGCGAGUACCGAGUCCGGCGGGAAGACGAAGAGGAUGAAGUCAAGAAUGGAGGAGACAGAUGAACGCAAACCGCAACAUGGACCUUCACCUCAGACCUUUUAUUUGAGUUCCUUUUAAGCAGGUGUGCAUUCACAUUCACCGACAGGAUGAUGAUGACGACGACCAAGAUGAUUAUGUCACCGCAAUCAAUAAAUA